AUCGGUUUUCGGGCUAGCUCAUUCCCUCCAGCUCCUAGGUCUAACAUUAGGCUACUGGUGUGAAGACAGCACGGGCAUUCACAUCUCCCUGGACAAGUCGCUUUAUUCCUAAGCUGAUCAUCCCUACUGUGCGGUGGUCAGAGCAGUGGCCUAAGGCAUUGCUGGAGGGAAGGGUAACAUCGACUAGUUUGAACCCUAUUUUUUAGAAGUUGGUGAUUCCAGCAGGCUUUUACCAUGUCACAAGGUCAGCGGUUGACUGUUGUGCCGACCGUGACUGUUCUGACGGUCAUCAAGGCCCGGCUUAUCGGCGCGACGAAAGGACAUCAGCUGCUGAAGAAGAAGAGUGAUGCGCUGACGAUGCAGUUUAGGCAAAUAUUGAGGAAGAUCAUGGAGACGAAGGAGAGCAUGGGUGACAUUAUGAAGUCUUCAGCCUUCGCUCUGACUGAAGCAAAGUAUGCUGCUGGAGACAGGAUCAAGCACGUUGUUUUCGAGAACGUGGAUCAGGCAAUAAUCAAGGUUCGCGCAAAGCAGGACAACGUCGCUGGCGUGAAGCUGCCGAAAUUCGAGCAUUUCGCCGAGGCAGGCGACAGCAAGAACGAUCUGACUGGUCUGGGUCGAGGAGGACAGCAGAUCCAGCUCGCGAGGUCAGCAUUCGUCCGUGCCAUUGAGCUCCUGGUGGAACUGGCUUCUCUGCAGACAUCCUUCCUGACACUGGACGAGGCCAUCAAGACGACCAACCGCCGUGUCAAUGCGCUUGAGAAUGUGGUGGUGCCUCGCCUGGAGAACACGAUUUCGUACAUCAAGGGAGAGCUUGAUGAGCUGGAGCGUGAGGAUUUCUUCCGCCUGAAGAAGGUGCAGGCCUACAAGAAGAGGGAGGCUGACAAGCUGAAGAAGUUGAAAGAGGAGAGAGAGGCUGAAGAGGCUACGGCUCCCAAGGCAGUUGCUGACAAAUCCUGGGCUGCAACAGCCACGGAAGAGGAUGUUAUUUUCUAGUACCGUACCUGCUGCUUGGACAUGUGAUGCUGGCCAGGCUGCUCCUUCAAUAUUGGGUUGGGUUUCUAAGCUGUAGCGUCCUACUACUUGCAAGAGGCUUUUGUGUGAGUGCAAUUAAAGGGAUCUUCUCAUUGUUCCUCGCAUUACGAAGCUCGUCGUCAGCUUGUAAUGUAACUACUUAGCAAUUCUUCUUGUGUUGUUCAGCCUCUGUAUUUUCGUAAGUAGAACCAAUCAACUGUGUUCUUACCC